CUCCACAGCGAGCUGAGAUGAUGAUGAUGAUGAUGAUGGCGAGCGCGCGGAUAGACGCACAGUCUCUCUAAUACAUUGCGUUAGCAACGCAUCAUCAUAACGAUGGAUGGCAAUGUCUUCCCCGACCAAGGACAGCUUCUGGCGUUCCUGAAAAAGCUUAAAGAAGUCUUCGACGUGUGUGACGAGGAUGCAGACGGCUAUAUUUGGGUUGAACACUUCGUGGACCUCGGUCUACAGUUCGGCCAAGGAGAUGAAGUCAAGAAGUUUGCCACAUUCCUGGAUCCCAACGCUCACGGCAGAAUUAACUUCAAAGAUUUUUGCCAUGGAGUGUUUGCAAUCAAAGGCUGUGAGGAAAUCCUGAAAGCUGCUCUUUGGACACCCAACAUCGGAGUACAGCCGUAUCAGACAGACAAUGGCUACUACUAUCAUGGGGAAGGGAGUCUGGGACCCCCGAUCAUCGUGUGCACACGGCCGUACACAGAGUGCCAGCUGUAUUCUGAUGAGGAGGGGCUGGGAGGCCAGGAUGCACAGGAGUCAGAUAUGGACAGUGCUGGAGACAGUGGAGCAGGAUCUGAAUCCUCUGAAGGAGGACGACAUGAUGAUAAAGAAGGACUGGGAGGACUCUUUCUACCGGGAAACAAUUGUGGUCAGAUGGUCUCAUCAGCAGCAGCGUCAGUGAUCUCAGUGGAGGAGCAGUUUGAGGACUAUGGAGAGGGAGAGGAUGUGGACUUCACUCCCAGCAGCCCCAUUCCUGAUGAUGACACACGCACAAAUGGUUUCUCCGACCUGGGCUCCUCACUGCCCUCCAGUGCUGGUCAGACCCCUCAGAAGAUCAGGCACUUGUACAACAGUGAGCUGCUGGAUGUUUACUGCUCUCAGUGCUGCAAGAAAGUCAACCUGCUCAAUGACCUAGAGGCCAGACUCAAGAACCUUAAAGCUAACAGCCCAAACAGGAAAAUUUCCAGCACAGCAUUUGGUCGUCAGCUCUUCCACCACAGUAACUUCAGCAGCAGUCAGGGCAGCACAGAAGACCUGUUCAUAGACAGCAUCGACUCCUGUGACGUUGACAUCACUGAGAAGGUGAGUUAUUUGGAGAAGAAAAUAUCAGAACUCGAGAACGACAGUCUGGCUAAUGGAGAUCUGAAAUCCAGACUUAAACAAGAAAACACACAACUAGUACACAGGGUACAUGAGCUGGAGGAGCAGAAUAAAGAUCAGGAGACGCGUGCGGAGCAAAGUCUAGAAGAGGAGUUGAAAAGACACAGAGAGGCCUACAGUAAGAUGGAGAGAGACAAGAGCACUGAGAUUGAACUUCUUAGUAACAGGGUUCAGCAACUGGAGGAGGAAAAUGCAGAGAUGAAAGUGAAUGUGUGCAGAUUAAAGUCACAGAGUGAGAAACUGGACCAGGAGAAGCAGCGCAUGACAGAUAAGCUGGAAGACACAAGUCUUCGUUUGAAGGAUGAGAUGGAUCUGUACAGAAAAAUGAUGGAUAAGCUUUGGCAGAACAGACAUGAGUUUCAGAAAGAGCGAGAGGCCAUGCAAGAGCUGAUUGAGGACCUGCGUCGUGAGCUGGAGCACCUGCAGCUCUUUAAGCUUGAGACGGAAAAGCCUGGCCGCAGCCGUAAUGCUUCAGGACUGUCUGAGUAUAAUGCCAAGACUCGAGAGAUUGAGCUGGAACAUGAAGUCAAACGGCUUAAACAGGAGAACCAUAAACUCCGAGAUCAGAAUGAUGAUCUGAAUGGGCAGAUUCUCAGCCUCAGCCUUUAUGAGGCAAAAAACCUGUUUGCUUGUCACACCAAGGCCCAGUCACUGGCAGCAGAGAUAGACAACGCCUCCAGAGAUGAGCUGGUUGAUGCUUUGAAAGAACAGGAGGAGAUCAACUUCCGUUUAAGGCAGUACAUGGACAAGAUCAUCCUGGCUAUCCUAGACCACAACCCCUCCAUCCUAGAAAUAAAGCAUUAGGCUCUCGGUCAUUCCUCUUGUGCUGAGAGUGGAUACAUGCUUCAUAGAGAGCUCUCAAUUCAGGCAAAGGCUGUCAUCUUGUACUUGUAUCUUGUACAUCUUGUACAGAGCAAGUUGCUGUUAAAAUGAUUGUCUCUCAUGUGCUCAGUCUCACACACACACAGGUUACAGUUUCCAUAGCCACUUAUGUCAUCAUGCUGUGAUUUUAAGUUGUACAAAUGACAAAAACAAAUGAUGAAACUGGAAAAUAGUGUAGAAGUGUACUUUUCACUCUCAGUUAUGUUUACACAUUACCUCUGUGAGGUAACUCAGUGUUGUAUUCUACACAUGAACAAAACAAGUAGAAGUAAAUUAAAUCACAAUGAUCACAGCAUAGAGGAGAGCUUUACAUGAAUUGACAGGGUACGGCAUGGUUUUUAUUUCUUUAUGUUGUUGAGGAUUCCAAUUUAAAUGUGCCAGAAGACCUCUAGACUUUUUCUAAACCUUAUUUUCAUAGUACUGUUCACCUAUGAACAAUUUAGCACUGAUUCAACAGACAGAGCAACGGAAAGACAAGAUGUCUCUCUUUGCCUGAGACUUCAUGCAACAUGACGAUUGCAGCUAUUAUGUAAUUAUGAUCAGCAAAUAAAGGAGCUUCCAGACUGUUCUCUAAUAAUGUGGGCAAACAUCAUGUCAGUCUUCCCAAAGAGAGGAACUAGGCUCUAAAGUACAUUCUUGCUAAAGCCCCCAUAAAAUCGCUUGACGAGUACAGUAUUGUGGCCCGUGUUGACAUAUUACUUAUUGAAACAAGGUGUCACAUAUCGAAGGGCUCGUCCUUCUUUUUAAUAGCCAAUAAGCUUUAGUUAAGUAACAGCCAUGACCCCUGAAUUGCCACUUGCAAUUUUGUUGUAGGGGAUAUCAGGGAGUGGGACAUUCUCAUUCCAGAGAGCAUUUGAUUGGACAAAAAUCUGUUGUGCAGCAUCAAUAAUUUGGUCUUUUUUCCCCAUAAGAGAAAGUGUAUUAUAAGCAUACAUAUGAACUGAAAGUGAAUUAUGUCAUCUUUUAAGAGUACACUAGCUUAUAUAUGGCUUCAAAGAUAACAGACAGUGAAUAAAAGCCACAAAACUAUAAUUUGGAUUUCAUGAGGUCUUUAAUGCAUAACGCUCUUAGUGGCCAUACUGAUGGACUGAAAUAAUUACACAUCCUCAAACAGGCCUGUAUUGGCCAUCAGCUCCCUUUGACUGAGGGAUCACAUACAUUUAUCAACAAAGAAGCACAAGAGAGGGAAACAGUUUGAGCAGAGAUGACACAGUUGUACAAUAUAGUAUAUGCAUAGAAAGAAAAUCCAUAGAAAAUGUGAAAAAGAAGGGUUUAUUUUUCUUAGAAAUAUGUAAAGGUUUCGAUUAAAUGGUCAAUUGAAGUUUCAAGCUACAGUAGAGUGAAUGGUUCUAGUACUUAAUGAGAGGGUAAGGAUUAUGAAAUUAAUAAAGUUGUCUUGCUUAACAAAGAAUGACAAAAGUCCCCCAAAAAAUGAUUGCCAUUAUAUAAUCUGAAUUAAAGCAUUAACUAAGUUCCAUUAACAGGUGAUGAUGGAUCUAUACAUCUUUUGGCAAAAAGAAAAAAAAACUUGGAUUUGCGGAACAACAAAUAUGCAAAUGCAGUACUUUAUAAGCCUGAUAAUCUUCUUGAUAUUGUACAUCAGUGCCAUGGGUAGAAUAAAAUGCAUAUUAAAUAAAAGUGCUUGAACGUACAUCCCAUGAAUGUAUCACCAUGCUACUCAGUAUUCAGUAUUCCCAUUUUCCCCAUGAAUGUAUGAAAUAUUAUUUAGCUAGUCAAACAUGUGAAUCACAGUAUUUUAAAUGAUUGUGUAGUGUGGUAAAGGAGCCAAUACAGCUACAUGCUCGAUUGUCACAAACUAGUUUUGCUUUGUUGCACAAAUUGUACUGAAUCUAUUUCUUUGCAUGUUCUUAAUCUCUUUCUGUUUUUGCCCUUUAUUUGGAAUGUAACAAAUAAUGUUAAAAUUUUGGUUGUUUAAAUAACUAUUAAUCUAAUCAGUUAGAGGAGCUUUUAUGUAUUUCUGUUAUACCUUGUGUUGUAGCAUUUUUCACUCAUUGUAAAUGUUGUACAGAGAUUAGUUACUAUUUGUAUCGAUGUCCCACUCAUCAACCUUAAUGAAUAAAUGAAUGGCUGUCUUUUAUACAGUUUUAUGAUAAAAUGGCAAGAUAUCUUACAUAUUACAAAGUAAUGUACUGGUAUAAGACAACUCUAAUUGUUUUGUCAAUAUGACUGUUGAAAUUAUUAAGUGACAUCAAAGUUACUGUAAUAUUCCUCUGCUUACUCAUAAGUAGUUGUGAUACCAUAGACAAUACUCAUUUGGUAUUAUGGGUUUAAAGAAAUGAAAGCUUGUUCUAAAGCAGCUGAACAAAUCUUAUGAAGAAACACCCAUUUAAAACUUUACUGAUUCAUAUCAUUUCUAUUAAACACAUUGAAUGAACAAAACCAUUUCCAGCAACAAUCUUGUUUUUGCACAUUUUAAAGAGUUGAGCUGUGUCUGUAUCCACUCUUAAAAACGUUACACAGUUUGACAUCUUUAAGGGUCAAGGUUUACACAAUAUUUAAUUGUUUACGCCUAUUUUAUUUAUUUUUUGUCCCAUAUGUAACAAUAAAUUGAUAUAACUCAUGUCUGUUCACACAAGUAGAGAAGGACAAAAAAAUUAUAUUUCAGAACAUUAAAUAAUAGUGUAAAGGCCUCAAGAGUAAUGGCAAAUUUAGAAUGUACAAUAAAUGACUCAUUUUGGCAUGACUUGAGAUGACAAGUGUAUUGACUUUUUUUGUUUUCUACAUAGGGUGUCCAGAUUCCUGCUUGUGGAAAAUGGGUCAGCCCCCUCCCAGCAAAAAUGAAAUUGAUGUAUCCUUACCUAGGCGCAGAUCAAUGCGAAGUAGAGGGUGCAUCCGCAUCUGUAACUGUUGUCACCUUGUACCUUUUGCUGGCAGCAAUUUUUUUCAGUGUGCGCUUGUCUUUCAAGAGUUUAUCGUAAAAUGCAGAGCAGUGCAGUACAAACUUAAGAUGUACGGAAAGCAUUGCAUUCACGACUGUUACAAAUGAGUUGAGGUUUAUCUGGUGUCCAUGCUGCAUUCAUUAAUGAGAACACACGCUCCACAGAUGCAGAUGUCCCAGGCAGGCAUAAAACAAACUUCACGACAUUGACUAAGACUCCAAAAUGUAUGGUCUUGCUCUCCAGGGGCCAGUUGCACCAGCAAUACGUACAUUAGAACUUAGCCUAGUUUUGGCGUAAAUGGGCACCAAGUCACAAUUUACACACCACUAAAUACUUGAGCGUUGCACCAUUAAACUUAGGUAGGACGUAACCCUACGUAUAAACUAAAUAUUUAUGGAAGACACCGACCAGGAGUAAUGGAUGGAAUAAAAAAGCAGAAUGAUAUUUUAAUGAUCAGUGAGCUCAUGUUUUGCGCGACAGGCUUCAGUCCUUACGACAUGUAUGAUGGUGUUGGCAUUUACAAUUACGAGAGAGAAAAUAAGUACUUUUAAGCAGCUCUUCAGCAUGAACCAGAUCUAACAGUGCAGUUCCCUGUGUCUGUCAUUCACUCGACGUUGUGUCGAUGUAGUAACACUAGGUGUUCGAUCUUGAGAGCUCCAAUCACCUUUGCUUAAAAAAGAAAAUGCCAAUGAGAAUUGGUGAGUGGAAUUUGCAUGCCACUCUCCACCCCAGACAUACGGGUAGAAAAGGAGAUGGCAUGCGUCACUCAUUCAUAUUUUUUCUUCGGAGCCGAAUGCAUGCUUGUGUUCAUCCUCGCACCUUUCACUACCUGCAUUAUUUUAUGGCGCAUUUUAGCGGUGCUUAGGCAGCCGAGUCUGCAGGUGCUAAAAGAGUAUAUUCAUAAAAGAGUAUAUUUCCUUCUAAAAGAGCUCGCGCAAAUGCCUAGCGUCUUUUUAUAUUUGUCCUUCCGCGUUUGCGCUACAGGAUGUGGCCAUUAUCUCUCCCCUCCGUCCGGAGUGCUUGGGUUGCCAGCAUGCAGAGGCAGCUUUAGUGGAAGGGUCAUGUUCUCAUUCUCGCGAGAACAUUCCCAUGAGAACGUUGCGGUUGCAGCUCACUUCCUUCAUUAGGAAGCAAGGAGCCACCACAGCUGCUCCCCAACCUGGUCCAUCCUGGGCUGAUGCUCAGACUCUGACUACACUCGAUUGCAGCUAUUAUGUAAUUAUUAGGGCUGUCGAUUUAACGCGUUAAUAACGUACGAUUAAUUUGACAAAAAUGUACGUGUUAAAAAAAUUAACGCACUUUAAUCGCAAUGCUUAACUGAGAAAUUCAAGCUUGUAGUACCACCUGUUUACUCCAGAGGGCAGUAAUUGAAAUUUCAGCUGUGUGAGCAACACACAGUUUAUACAGAGAAGGAAACCAUUUCUUGCGUUCAAAACACUUGAUGGAGCGCAAAUGCCAUCUUUAAGGGAUCUUAAGAUGUGUUUAAAGAUUGAGUAUUAAACUAUAUUUAACUCGACACAGUGACCUAAACAUUUUAUUUUUAUGACACAACACACCCGAGACGCGACACAAGCAUGUCUGACGCAGGUCGUACGGUCUUUACCUCACAAAUAUUUAAUUACCAACAAGGUUAAGGAGGUGUCCUUUAAACUGUUACACCGUUUUUACCCAGUCAGUCUUUAUUUAAGAAACAUGCUCCCUGAAAUAGAUCCACUUUGCUCCUUCUGUAAUGCUGUAGAUGAAAAGUUUGUUUGUUUGUACUUACCUCUAUUUUAACUAGUUAUUCAUUUUAUUUAGUUUUCACAGAUUUGAUAACUUAAGUUAAUAUUUUCUGAUUAAUCUGUUUAUUUUUCUUGCCAAGUUUUUAAUACAUAAGUGUAAAUUUAUGUCUAUUAACCCCUAUUUGCACUUUUUUGUAAAGACUUUAAAUAUUAUUUAAAUACUCUUUGUACCUCCAACAACUCCAAAGCAUUGAAAGCCAUUGCACUAUGUAAUGAAUAUAAUGUCUUUGCAUUAUUGUAAAAUAUAUCUGUAGUAUUGUGUACUAUGUGUACCCCUGGCUUGGUUCUAAAAAAAAAAUGUCUAACGCAGGUGUAAAUUGACGGGUCCCUAA